UAGAGAUGCAGUCUGGAAUUGAGCAGGAACGGAGAGUAAGAAAGAAAAACAGUGAGAGAAAAAAAAAGCUGGAGACGGAAUUAUAGAGAAUCAAGACUUCACAAGGACAUAACAGAAUGUGUGAAAUAUUUCAUAAGUUCAUCAUGGGGCUACGUGAGUUUUUAAAGGACUAUUUUCUUGGUUUCUGGGACUAUGAGACACCAAAGGUGAUGGUGGUUAAAAACAAAACUCUUGGAGCCAUAUACAGAAGCGUUCAGUUUCUUGUAAUCACCUAUUUCAUCUGGUAUGUCUUCAUAAGUCAGAAAGCCUACCAAGAUAGUGAAACUCGUCCAGAGAGCUCAGUUUACACGCUGAUGAAAGGCAUAGCACUUCAUGGAGAUGAUGUCUUGGACACUGUAGAGUAUGCUCGACCCUCAGAGGGUGGUGAUGUGAUUAGUACAAUAUUGAGACGAGAAGUUACCUAUGAUCAGAAGCAAGGAAACUGUGCAGAGCAUUUCAGUGUUACUAAUGCCAACUGCACGAGAGACUCUGACUGUGUGAAGGACGAGGUGGACUUUGAAGGCCAUGGCAAAAGGACCGGCAGAUGUGUUCAGUACUACAACCUCACCUUGAAAACCUGUGAGAUCCAAACUUGGUGUCCUAUUGAGAAGUAUGCUGUCGUAAGAGAAGCACCAUUAGAGAAGGCCAUCAAUUUCACAGUGUUCAUCAGGAACUCUAUCCACUUCCCCAAAUUUAAAGUGCUGAGGGGAAAUAUCAAAGAUGCUUCAAGCAAGCGUAACAUGCAUAAAUACCUCAAUAAGUGUCAUUAUCAUGCGAAGAAAGAGCCCUACUGUCCAAACUUCCGUCUGGGUUACAUCGCGGAUGAAGCCAGUGAGAACUUCUCUGAGCUCUGCAGGACUGGAGGAGUGAUCGGGGUCUUCAUCAACUGGAAAUGUAACCUGGAUCUGGAUCCUUCCCACUGUAAACCCACAUACUCCUUCCGUCGUCUUGACCUCCGGAAGGAUCAGGCUAACUCUGGUUACUAUUACAGGUUCGCCAAAUUUUACAGUAAGGAUGGGGUAGAGUCUCGGACGCUCAUCAAGGCCUACGGCAUCCGCCUGGAUGUCAUAGUUCACGGACAUGCUGGUAAAUUCAGUCCCAUCCCAACCAUCAUCAGCACGGUGACUGCCAUGACUUCAGUUGGGAUUUGUACCAUUAUCUGUGACUGGAUCAUGCUGACUUUUAUUGACAAGAAUGAAGUCUAUAGUGAUAGAAAAUUUGACGAGGUUAUCAAGGAGCCUGCGGUGCCCCUUCCCACAGAGCUCAGCUACAUCAACAGCUUCGGCUCAAACCACUCAGACCUGUCAGAAGGCGUACCGCUGUAAUGUCGGUACAGU